AUGGCGGAUUUUGAGAUUUCUUAUCAUGCCAUCCUCGAAAGACUAGCAUUGGCCAAGUUCAUGGCCAUCCCGCAUUAUGUGUAUUUAGUACUUAAGAUGCGGGGUCCCAAGGGAGUCCUCUCCCUCCGUGGAGACUUGAAGAAAUCAUACGAGUGCGAUAAAGAAGCUGUCAAGUUAGCCACAACUUCUCAAGUGCCCAAUUCAAUGCAACAAGUCUUCGCUGCCUCAAAAAAGCUCUCCCUGGCCGAACUCGAAAUUCUAGAGAACAAGUUGGGGGCUACCAAGGUCAAGCCGACAAGUGACAUGGACAUCAAAGCCAUUGACCUCGAGACUGGCGACACCUCCAAGAUAGCCCUAAUCGGUUCAGGGUUGGAUCCUAAAUAG